UUUAUAGAUGACAUCGGCUAUGGGGAGAACUCAAUGGAAGAAUUCACGUCGCGACUAGAGAGGGUAUUCCAAUGUUGUGAGAAAAGUGGGGCCCGACUCUCGCUGACUACGACUUUUAUUGGUGCUCCGAAGAUUGAAGCGCUAGGGCAUAUCAUUGACGAAGCCGGGACGCACCCUAGUCCGGCAAAGUUAUUCCAGAUUCAGAAUUGGCCUCUUCCCACAAACAAAGAAGAUUUGACUUCGUUCGUUCAUGUGGUGCGGUAUCUGCAAUGUUACACGAGCGAGCUACAGAAUGUCGCGGCACCCUUGAAGGAGUACGAACUCAAGAAAAGGCCUUUUAGUGAGUUUGCCUCAGAUGAGCGGGCAGUAGCCGCUUUUCAGGCAUUAAAGGACGUGGCCUCAAAGAGUGCGACUCUGAUUAAGCCAAACUACGAAGCAGCAAAUACUUGGCAGCGGCCAUUCGAGGCGUUCACGGACGCCUCGCAGUAUCGCUAUGCCUGGGCAAUUUGUCAGCGAACAGCUGAAGGCAAACUGCGAGUGUGGAAAUGUUCUACGCAUUCGUUUGACAAAACGCAGAGGCAGCGGUCUACCUUAGAGCGCGAAUUAUUUGCCAUAGUGGACUUUAUAAAGUCGGGCUAUGAGCUGACUCGGGGCUCGAAGUGGAUCCUGUACACGGAUCAUCAGAAUUUGGGCACGAAAGAGCUCAGCUCACUGUGUGCCAAUAGAACUACCGGAGGUAAGGUCUUACGAUGGUUUUAUCUCAUUGCUAGACCGCUUUCUACUGGGAAGCGAGUAUAUUUGAAAGGGGAAGCGAACGUCAUUGCGGACGCGCUUUCGCGGAUGAAGUCUGAGGAGGAUCCGGCUCUGAAGGAGAUUGAUAAUCUUUCU